GUUUCGGGCUUGUUUUCACAGGCCUGGUUGCUUAUUUGUCUCGCAAGAUCUGGCAACACUGAAAGAAGUCAGAAACGUUGACAGAGAACAAGAGAGAGAGACGGAGAGGCACGAUGGCUGAAUUCAGACCGAUUCAAAUAACUUUAUUUGUGAUUCUGCUGCUUCAGUUUACAGAAGUAGCUGGACAAAAACCCCUCUACAUCACUGUCAGAGCAGGAGAUGAAGUCACUCUGCCUUGUGAAAAUCGGAUAAUUCAGGACAAGUGUAGUAGCACCACUUGGCUUUCUAGUCGUAAAGGGGGAGCAGCAGUAGCGCUGAUAGAGCUUGGGAAGAUUAAAGCUGUGAUUCCCAAAGCCAAAUCAGACAGACUGAGUGUUACAAAGAACUGUUCUCUGGUCAUAAAGAAGGUCACACCUGAUGAUGUUAGUCGUUACACCUGCAGACAGUUCUACAAAUCAGGACGACAAGGUCCAGAGUCUGUGGUGCAUCUGUCUGUCGUCGACAUGGAAGAACAGAAGAACACUGAUGAUACAGUCACCUUGAUCUGCUCUAUGUUGACAUCUGCUGGGUGUGAUCACACAGUGAAGUGGCUGUAUGAGGGGAAUGAGAAUGUCGUGGAGAUAACACCUCUUACCUGUUCAGCUAGUGUGUCAUUUCCUCCUCAUCUUAAUCAGAAGUUACUGAAGUGUAAGGUGACAGAUCAGAAGAAUGGAAACACGCUGCUGUGUACUGUCGGCCCCCAGUCCUCUUGUAAGAAACCAGGAAGCACAACAGUGGGAACAGAUAACACACCAACACCAUCAGGAAGCACAACAGUGGGAAAAGACAAUACAUCAUCUGCAAAUGACACUCUAUCAAAACAAGAUUGGUGGGUGUACAUCAUUAUGGCUGUGGGAGUAACAGCACUCUUAGCAGCAAUCAUCAUUGUGGUAGUCAUCAGACGGAAGAAAACUAAAAGUAACAAAAUUCUGACGAAUGAAAACCCUGGACUGAGUUUGAACCCUGCAGAGACUCAGUCUGCUCCAGAAACCAGUCAGGACAUGGCUGAUCCUGAAGGUGGUGUUUUCUACGCCUCCGUCAGCCACACCAAGAAGAGCAGCAGUAGAGCUCAGGCUCGGGGUAAAGAUGCUGAUGAUGAUGAUGCAGUGACCUACAGCACAGUGAAAGCUCCUCCUCCUCUUCCUGCUGCUGCUGCUGCAGCCUCUGCUGAUGUCAGCGACCUCUACGCCACCAUCAACAAACCAAACCAAUAAGACAGCACAGUGUAGUUACAGCUCAUAGCAGUACAGGUAUUUACAUUGAUAGUUUAUUAAAAGACCAAGGACCUGUCUUGCACCCCGGGGCAGCGCAAAGCCUGAUGCACUCGUCUUUGCUAGUUUAAGACCAACGCAGUUGUCAAUUUCCCGUCCAGCGCCCGCGUUGUUUAAGUAGCAAAUGCACCUGCGCCUAUCUAUGCACCCAUGGGCCUGCUAGUCUUACAGGGAGGUGCGUUCAGGUGAAUUCGUGGCGUAUUGCUAUCUUGAGGCAGCGGGAAGUGAUCGCGCC